AAAAAAAAAAGUUAUUUAAACUACUCAAGGGCAGUUUCGUAGAUCCCUUCACCACUCGUCUGCUGUCGGCAUUCAUUCUUUUUAGGAAAGCUUUUCUUCUUCUCAAUUAAACGCCCUCCACGUUAAUCCCGGUCAACUCCUCCGCCGCCGCCGUCUACGCGCCGAGAACGAUCUCCGUCUGCCGGAAGGGGAAUAUUCCGCCUCCAACACCUUCCAACCAUCGCAUCCGAUCAUGACACCCGAAUAUGACUACUUGUUCAAACUUCUUUUAAUUGGAGAUUCAGGUGUUGGCAAGUCAUGUCUUCUCCUGAGAUUUGCUGAUGAUUCGUACCUUGACAGUUACAUCAGCACAAUUGGAGUUGACUUCAAAAUUCGAACAGUGGAGCAAGAUGGAAAGACUAUUAAACUUCAGAUUUGGGACACUGCUGGACAAGAACGAUUCAGAACCAUAACUAGUAGCUACUACCGCGGGGCACAUGGCAUUAUAAUUGUGUAUGAUGUAACUGACCAAGAGAGCUUUAACAAUGUGAAGCAAUGGUUGAAUGAAAUUGAUCGAUAUGCUAGUGAGAACGUAAACAAGCUUCUGGUAGGAAACAAGUCCGACCUUGCUGAUAACAGAGCUGUGUCGUAUGAUACAGCAAAGGCAUUUGCGGAUGAAAUUGGCAUUCCGUUCCUGGAGACGAGUGCCAAAAAUGCCAUUAAUGUUGAACAGGCUUUCAUGGCUAUGGCUUCUGAUAUCAAGAACAGGAUGGCAAGUCAGCCUUCAUCGGGAAAUGUGAGGCCACCUACUGUGCAGAUCCGCGGGCAGCCAGUUGCCCAGAAGAGUGGCUGCUGCUCUUCGUAGAUUUUUAUUCUCACGACAACUACAAAUCGGGGGGGAAAACUCAUUACCACCACAUGAUGAAAAAGGCUUCUCUUUUAUAUUAGUUCCAUUCUUUCAAGUAUAUGUUUAUUCCUAAAUGUCCUGUACAAAUGAACAAAAAGGACACUCUGCUUAUUCUAAUAGCAUUUGUUUUCUUGUUUUGCCUUUUUAUUUUCCUUAGUUUUUCUGCCCACAUGCUAGAAAAGAUGUGGCUCACGUUGGAACAAUUAUGUUGUACUGUGUUUUUUUGUUCUUUUAAUCAUUGGAAUUUGAUAAUCAUGUUACGUUA